AGGCAGACGCUUAACGACUGAGCCACCCAGGCGCCCCAGUAGUAGGUGUUAUUAAGUGCAAAUUCCCUUGGGGGAGACCCGAUGGCAUAAUAGAACUCAGUACUCUUGUAGCAGAGUCUGGUUCUGCUGCUUACAGGUUGUGUAUCUUUGGUCAACUUAAUGCCUCUCAGUAGCCUUAUUUGGAAAUAGGCAUAAUUAUGAUUGUUCUUUUGGAAUUAUUAGGGAAAUUAUAUAAAACUUAUGUUAAAUAUCCAGCUAGUGUUGGCAUCUAGUAGGUACUCAAUAAAAUGGUGAUUAUUAUUAUUAUUCUACAGUGUUUUUCCUGCUUUCCAUGAUCCAGAAGCACUAUGUAUUAUCCCUGAUUUUGACCCUAACAUUAUUUCUAAAGUUUCAGUUGAUUUUGGUGAUUCUUAAAUUUUCUAUUUUGAAAAAAUCCUGUAUCAUCUAUUAAUGUAUUGUGUAUAUGAAAGCUCCCUUUUAGUCACUUCUCUGUCUUUUUUGUUUUUUUUAAAGAUUUUAUUUAUUUAUUUGACAGAGACAGCAAGAGAGGGAACAUAAGCAAGUGGGAGCUGGAGAGGGAGAAGCAGGCUCCCUACUGAGCAGGGACAUUCCCAGGAAGCUGGGAUCAUGACCUGAGCAGAAGGCAGACGCUUAAGGGGAGAGCCACCCAGGCAUCCCAUAGUCACUUUUCUUUACAGUGCUAUACUCUCUGGCAAUGGAUCUUUGAAAACCUGCAUUUUUAUUCUAAGCACAUUUUUCCCCCCUGUGUAACAUUAGUAUUGUCCAUCUCAGGAGUCCCCUGAAGAAUCAGGAUUCAGAAGGAAUCUCUUAGACACAGACUUCCAUUCCCUUCCUGACUCAACUGGGCAGCAUUUUCAGACGGUCUCUGCCCAGAAUGUCAGGAAAAGCUACAGGCCUGGCCUACCAUGCUCCAAAAGAACAAGAAGGACUUAUAAUUGUGAAGGUUGAAGAAGAGAAUUAUGUUUGGGGGCAGGACCUUGGCCUUCAGGGAAACACCUGUAGCCUGGAGAACUUCCGCCAGCGUUUCAGGCAGUUUGGCUACUCUGAUUCCGCUGGGCCCCGGGAGGCUCUGAGCCGGCUCCGGGAACUUUGCUACCAGUGGCUGAGGCCGGAGGUGAACUCCAAGGAGCAGAUCCUGGAGCUGCUGGUGCUGGAGCAGUUCCUGGCCAUCCUGCCUGAGGAGCUGCAGGGCUGGCUGCGAGAGCACCGGCCCGAGAAUGGAGAGGAAGCCGUCACUCUGCUGGAGGAGCUGGAGAAAGAGCUUGAUGAGCCAAGGCAACAGGACACAGCUCAUGGCCAAGGAAUGAUCUGGAAGGAAAUGACAUCCAUAGGAGCACUGAAGUCUCUGAGUAUACAGCUCCAGCCCUUGGAGAACCAGUGCAAGAGUGAGACUCAGGAGUCCCAGACUUCCCAUGAGAAAGAUGGCAAGCUGGCAGCUGACAGGGUAUUAACAGCAAAGCAAGGAAUUAUUGAAUGUGUAGCAUCAGCAGCCAUGAUAUCUCCAGGAAGACUCCCUGGGAAAACUCCUUCAGGACAGAUAGUUGAAGAAGCUUUGGGAGGUCUGGACAACUUUGAGAAGCCAAAAGAAACUGCUGCAAGGAGCAAAAUAAGUCCACUCCCUUCCCAGGAAAGACAUCUUAGUCUGGCAACCUUCAACAAGAAAAUCUCCACUGAAGAGUGUGUCCUUGAAUGUAACAAGAGUGAAAGGACUGUCAGUGUGAACUCAAAUGUCUUGACACGACAGAGAGUUCAUGCUGGAGGAAAGGUCUAUGAGUGCUUGGACUGUGGGAAAGCCUUUUGCCAGAGCUCAAAGCUGAUUAGACAUCAGAGAAUUCACACUGGAGAGAGGCCUUAUGCAUGUAAAGAGUGUGGCAAAGCUUUUAGUUUGAGCUCAGACCUUGUUAGACAUCAGAGGAUUCAUAGUGGUGAAAAACCCUAUGAAUGUUGUGAAUGUGGAAAAGCUUUCAGGGGCAGCUCAGAGCUCAUUAGACAUCGGAGAAUUCACACCGGAGAGAAACCGUAUGAAUGUGGUGAAUGUGGGAAAGCCUUCAGCCGGAGCUCAGCCCUCAUUCAGCACAAGAAAAUUCAUACUGGAGACAAAGGCUAUGAGUGUACUGAAUGUGGUAAGGCUUUUGGCAGAAGUUCUGUCCUUAUUGAACAUCAAAGAAUUCACACUGGAGAAAAACCUUAUGAAUGUAAUGAAUGUGGAAAAUCCUUCAAUCAGAGCUCAGCCCUCACGCAGCACCAGAGAAUCCACACUGGGGAGAAGCCUUAUGAAUGUAGCGAAUGUAGGAAAACAUUUAGGCACAGGUCAGGCCUUAUGCAGCACCAGAGAACUCACACCAGAGUUUAACUCUUGGGUAAGGAUUGUACAAUUGUGUAACACCAGGGAUUCACUUUGAGGGUGAGAUUCCCACUGAAGUGAGAAGUUUCCCAAGAGCAGCGUUUCUGUUCUUCCAGUCUAAGUCAGUACUUGCUGUACAAGGAGAUCCACACAAAGAUGGAUGUUGAUGUCUUGAAUGGGCAUCUUCACAGUAAAGCCAGGUUUGGGGAAAAGAUCCUGCAAGAGCUCCUUAUAAGAUGGACUGAAAGGUGGUGCCUCCAAUGGCAAGGGUCUCUGUCUAGCAAGAACAGUGUGCAUUUGGCAGUUGGAGGCAUAUGCUGAGCGUCACUCGGGUCUCUGAAGUGUUCAAUUAUGAGGGUGUGAAGUGUUGAAUUAUGCCCUGGAUCAGUUUAUAGCUCAUUCUGCCCCCUUGCCAGUUCUCUUCUCAGCCCUGAGCUUCCUGAGGUCAUUGAGGUCUGUUUAUUGUGCACCUGCUAUGUGCCAGCCGUCAGGGCAGACAUAGCCACUGCCCUCCCAGAGUUAAGUGCUAAUGGGAUAUAUAUAUAUAUAUAUAUAUAUAUAUAUAUGUUAUAUAUAUUUUAUUAAGCAGGUAAUUACAGUAAAGUGUGAUAAGUGCUUUGGUAGAAUAAUCUAGGAUUCUGUCAAAAUACAUGGCAGGGGCGCCAAAUAUGGUCUACAAGUCACUACAGGCUUCCUGGAUGUGAUGAAAUCUCUGUUGGGGAAUAAAGGGUGGGUAUAAGCCAGGUCAAGGCAAGAGGGAAGAGAACAUUAUAGACAGAGGUUAUAGCACAUAAAAAGGCAUGGAGAGAGGAUCUAGAGAUGUCUCUUUAUGAGGACUCCUCCAGCAGGAAUUUGUUCACGUAGACCCUGGUUCAGAAGCCAGAACACGUGUUGGUUCCCCUCUUCCUGCUUAUAAUCAGUGAGUUGGGUAGCCUAUCCCAGACCCAGAGUUACCUAAGAGACCUUGAGGCACUCAGGAUGAUUAGUGUGAUGGUAGACUUUUGUGCGUUGUAUGGAAAAAGGCAUGUAGGUACACCAAGGAAAGAAAACAUAUUGGGGGCUAAGGGACAGUGUUGGUGUCCCAUAACCCUAGGGCUCAGGAAAUGGGAAGCUGACAGGAGCAUAGGAGUGGGAGAUCUGCCUUCCCAGGAUCCACUAUUCCUCAUUUCCUGUCCCCUCCCUUUAUCAUCAGGCUCGAAGCUACAUGAAGGCAUACUAAGGCUUACUAAGCUACUUGAAGGCAAUAAAUUCUACUUCUCUGCUAAUUUUCAUUUUGGCAGUUUUAAUUAACCCACCAUUAAUUGUUGAAGGCAAUUCAUAUGUAAGAGAAGGUUUGAUUUCUCUUCUAAGAUAUCCUGAUUUCCGUUCUGGAUACUGUCUCUUUUGAAGACUUGGUGAUCAAAGCUGUUGUGGGUAAUAGGGGAGGUGAAGUUGGGCGGCGGGGGGCGGGGGGUCUUUGUGUCCACAGGUUGGGGGAUUUUCAUUGAGUGAAGUCAAUCAGAAGUCUGGAGAGACCCUUGAAAUGGGUGAAGUUGCCUUUUCCUUUAGGUGACAAUCUGAGGAUUUCAUGUUUUUAAUUUUAUUUAAUAGGUUUUUUUUCCAGGUUGUGAAUUAAUUGUAAAUGUUGGUAAUAUAGAAAAUGAGAAAGUAGAAAUCACCCUCAAUCCUACCACCUACAAAAACAUUGUUAAUAUUUUACAGUUCUAUUAUUUUUUUCUUUACCCAACCCUAGUAUUUUUUGGUAAAAAUCCUGUUUGGUAAAUCAUUUUUAGUAACUGAUUUUAACAUUUAUACUUUGAGUAUAUACUUAAACUGUUUAGUAUUAGAAUGUAAUACAAGAUGUAAUAAAAUUUGAAUCUAAGUUUUGCUUUGAAAUGAUUUGUUCAGGAAUAGAGCCUAGUAACAUAAGUGGAGGUGUGCUGGGAGAAGCGGGGAGGGAAUUGUGGCAGGAAUUCAGGGAAUUGGUGUGCUUGGCUUUUAUUUCCUGGUCCAGGUGUCUGGAAAUGUAGCUAGUCCCUUGCGCUGCAGUUCACCAGGUGAAGUCACAAAAUUUAGGGGCAGCUGGUUGAGAAACCAUGGGAAGGAGAACAAGUAGCCUCUGUAAAUACAUAAACAUUGUGUCCACCAGAAUCAGGAGGCUUCCCCUGCUUCAGGAGCAAGGGCCUCAGACUGCCAUGGACUUCCCCUCCUCUCUCAGCCAGUCCUCAAUAGAAACACGUGCAGAAAAACCCCAAGACGCUUUAGAGUUGUGGUCAUUUGCACCAGCCAAGACAGCUGCAGAUGAUAAAGUUACUGACUAGCAAUGUCUGGUUCUGACCCAUCAGAAAGCAGGGUGCGGGUGGGUAUCAAUGGGGUCUGCCCAAGUGCUCUCCAGGUCAGUUUCUUCUGCAUGGGAAAUAUUCUGAUUGGCUUGAAGGAUUCAUUUAAUGGGGCAAGAGAAGAAAAGGAUUUCACAGGGGAGCUUGGAGAUACUGUGGUCAGAUUUGCUUAAAUUUCCAAUCUCCAGAUGGACAGUUAAUUGCAGUCUAUGGAAAUGAGGAGGGAGCAGAGAGGUAGGAAAGUGAUAUUAAGCACCCUGCCUAAAUUGCACAUCUUUUAAAAUCACCUUUGACAUCUAUCUUAUAUGGUGCCUGCUCUCUUUCAUAAACCCAUAGAAUGUUGAAGCUUUAUAAUGUCAUCUACUUCAGCUCCUUUAAACUGAGGGUUGAGUUGUGAGGUGACUUGCUCAUGGCUGUAGAAUUCAUGGAAAAGCACUAAUAUGAACAAAGGGCUCUCUACUUCAAGGUUAUUGCUUUCCUCAACUACAGAUAUUCUUCAUACAAAUAACUCGUAUUUGCUACUGUCACUUAACAAUGAGGAAGUCAUGGGUCAGAGUUAACAAGUUAGAUAACCUCCAAGGACUUGGGAAGACAAGAGAUGCUACAGAAAGCAUGUUUUUCUUACUAUUUCUUGACUAUCCUGGGCGCUCAUUCCUUUUAACCUUUUUUCUCUAAGAUUAGAAGUAUUUAUUGGAAGAAAGUU